UGUCAAGACGGUGUGAAUGGAUUAUGUUGUAGGUAUAAGCCUACGGGACACGAACCACGGUGUAACGUAUCGUCCAUGCUAGUGAGUGUUCAAGUCAGUAUGAGAAGGCUCUUUCGUAUUGGCUUGGACGCCGGUUAAGGCAGUAUUAUCUAUAUGACCAUUGUCCCUGUUGUCUUUUUCGAGAUUGAUUCAAUGUAGUUGCGAGCAUGAAUCCACGUUUUCUCUUUAGCUUUAUCUAGUCACACUUCUCUGAGUCAUGGAUCCGUUUUCAGCCAUCUCUAGUGUAUUUCAAAUUGCUGGAGUCUUGAUAGCCUACAUCACCGAUUUCAGGAACGCACCUAAAGAGCUAAAUGACUGUGCCAUCGAAAUAUCUCAUCUCACACUCCUAUUCACUCAAAUCAGACUCCGUGCGGCUUACUGUGACGACACAGAUAGGAAGUUUGGAGACGUGUGGCAGACCCUCGUGAAUGACUACGAGGAUGACGGCCCUAUUCAACAGUAUGCGUGUACUUUGAAUGAACUCCAUAAAAUGCUCCCAAAGCCUGGCAAUAAAUCGAGUGCAUUCAGCCAUCGGAUAAGGUAUCAUUUCAAUCAUCAACAGAUAUCAAGGAUACUAGCGAGAUUGCAAAGGACUACCUCAAUCUUCCAAUUAGCGCUCGAAAUGGAUGUCUCGUAAGGCCCCGAUAGAUUCUCAACCUAGAAUAGGAAAGCACCUACUGAUAUCGGCG